AUGUCCCUCCGCAAUCCUUUUGCAGAGUUGGUCGGCUUGGUUUUGGGCAAGAGCGAUCUGCAGUCAAUCUUUUGCCUCCUCGUUUUCUUCAUCGUAUCCAUCGUCAUUGCCUAUCUCACAAACCCGUCGGAAAACUCUUUUCGCGCGUACCUGACCGAGCAGUCUUUCCGCCACCACCUCAGCCGGCUAGAUGAGAACCUAGACGACGACGAGACAACUGUGCACGAUGCUCGUUUCUCGAAUAUCUACUCUCAUGGCGCCCGUGCUCGUUCCUCGUCCCCAAAUUCCGACAACGGCCCCUUCCAUUUUGCAAACCGUGCAUCGAUAUCGUUGAGGACACCAAAACACGUCUUUCACAGUUUUGCUCUGUUCACCAUCGCUGCUAUGGUCCCAGUCGCAAAGUCGUCGCAAUCCGAUGACCGGGAUGGAUGGUCAAUAUCGGAUUCAUGGUACAUCGGAGCUUUUGGCAAGUGGUGGAGAGGUGGUGUUUGGGAGACUUGGUAUCAGGACCUCAUGACUCGCUCCAAGGACGAAGAAGGCUGGAAUUCAGGCAUCCUUAGCAUAAAAAAUCUUGACAUGUUGCCAGAUUUCCAUGGCGCUACCCUGGGUUCCAAACCGUUUCCUUAUCUUCCGUUGAAGAAUUCGCCUCCCAGGUUACGAAAUCGCGACCGCCCACCAAAAUCUUCCUCGUCACUGCGAAAUGGCUCUCCUCCGCCACUGUCUAAAACCGCAUCGCUGCCACUGCAUGCCACAAAGCGUAUUCCAGUGCCCCAGAGCGAAAAGCCCGUGGAUAUAACAAUCGCUUCACAAGCAGCUCCAUCUUGCCCACCGGUCCAGCCUAUUUCCUCCGAUGCAUCUCGGUUAGCGCCCUCUUCGCGGUCAACAUCUGGCCUCUUCGAACACUCCCCACUCAUCGCAGAAAUUCUCCGCCAAAUAUCCACCUCGCAAACCUCUGUCCAGGAACUCCGCACACAAUUAACGGAAUGUCAGCUCUCUGCUUCUCAAUCUCACGAAAUCCUUCAACACGAACUCGACUCGUGCCGUGAUCGGAAACGUCAAGAAGAUGCAGCGCGAUUAGAGUUAAAGGCGCGCACAAAGACAUUGGAUGAUUCAAAACGGUCUGCGGAGAGUGUGAAACGGGAAGCUGAACGCAAACUCAAGGCUGCGCAGAGUACCCGGGACACCGCUCAGCGACGGAUAGAUUUUUUGGACAAGGAGAUAGCUACUUUGCAUGGGAAGCUCGCAGACGACAAGACGUUUCUCGAGAAAAAGUCUUCCGACGCGUCUCAGCCCGAUGUGGAACUGUCAGAAGCUCUCGAGGCAAAGAAGAAGGAGAUCAAAGCUACGGAAGAUCUUCUGGCUUCUUUAACCCGACGGUCAAGGGAAUUGGAGGAUAAACUUUCUUCGGAACGGGAACGGUUACAGUCGUUGAGGCAGCGAACGGAACAACGCCGACAAGAAUUAUCCCAGCAGGAACAAUAUGUCCUCAAUGACUCUCCGUACUCACCGACAAGUUUCGAAUCUUUAUCCCAGUUGGUCCAACAUCCCAGGUUCGCCCAUCCUUAUCACCCUGUGGACCUCAAGCACAGUCCGGACAUGCAUCAAGAGCAAGGCUACGCCAACAAUCAGCUUCCUUCCCCGGCCCAUACCACCAGCUCUGGUUCCAAGCGCGGCUCGUUCGGAUCUUCAAGCGACGACGCCGAGCACGGACCCCACAACUAUGCUUCCAACGGGUACCCAUACAACUUGGACAUGUACGCCGGUGAAAACGAUUUCUACAGGAACAUCGGGCGCUUUGGCAACAUUUUGACGGAUGGUGGUUCUUCGCAGCGAUCGGUCCAUGCUAACGGAACGAUCGCAGCGCUUACCGACAGCGGCAACAAACGGUCUACUCACGCGUUACACGAAUUUUUACCCUAUGAUGGACCUGUAGCUGUCCAGAACGGGACAUGGCCACUUCACAGCGGUACAGCGGUGGACGAACUCGGUUAUAUCACCAACGACGAUUUCAGGUUGGGAUUGAACAAUAAGAGUCAAGGAGGAAAGAAGGGUUUGAAUCCAGAUGCUAAAGCAUUCAGCCUUGGACGCCAAACCAGCCAGUCUACGACCUCUCUGGGCCUCCCCAUCGUCCCCGUCCCGUACGACGCGCUCAACCCAACCGGCCUCUCCUCCCAAAGCACAACCACUUCAACCAGCUCGUCCCUCCUGCGCGCGUUUGCGCCUUCUCCUGCGGAACGCGAGGCGCUUCAACGUGCCCUUGGAGGCUCCACGAACAACAGCUUCGAGCGGUUGCCGAGUUUGAGUGAUGUCGGGAGUAUACCUUCCUCGCCGGUUCACGUCCACGCUUCUGCCAUCGCGAGUCCCGUCGUUGGCCUCUCGCACACCACCCCGGCUACGGACCCUGUCACCAAGACGCUGCAGUUGCCCUCGUGGUUCCCUCAUUUCCUCCCGCGCAAGUCCAAGUUUAAACCCUGGGACGAUGAGGAACCCGUCACGACGGCACCAGCCACCGCAGCUGGAGGGACAAACACCAAGUAG